CGGAGGAGGCGAGCCACGGAAAAACUUCUGAGGACAGUUAAUGGAUCCAGACUCGCAGUUUACUCGAGCUGAGCACCUGCCGCCGCCGCCGCCGCCGCCGCAGAGCAACUUACAGCGCUCUGGAUGCUCAAACUGCGCAGCGGGUUGUUUUACCUGAGCUUAACGGACAUUAUGAAGUGAGCGUUACUAACUCUGCAGAACUGUUUUAUAUAUGUGUAUAUAUAUAAUUUAAAGUGUACUUACAUAAAAUUGGAUUCAGAAAUCCCCUGAAGACUGCUUCACUCCGGAUUUAGAAGAGGAAGAGGGGAAAAAUCAUCAAUGGAGUGACAUCUUUUUGUUGACUGUCACAGACAAGUGCCUAAAUAAGGUGGGGGGAUCUGUGAUGGUAUGUGAGUGUUUGCCAUGGGACAAGAGAGACUUUGGCUUCUGGGUGUCACUGUUGCUGCCACCUUUUGUCUUCUAUGUCCCUCGCUGAGUGCUGAACUGGUGGUAAGUGGAAGAGUUGGGGGGUCUGCAGAGUUGGGCUGCAGUCUCACUGCUACAUCAGACAGGGCCACGUCCCCCAAUCUCUUCCCUCUGCAUGUGGUGGAGUGGGUACGGCUAGGUUAUAAUGUCCCGAUCCUCAUCAAAUUCGGAGGCUACACACCACGCGUGCAUCCAAACUAUAAAGGCCGGGUGUCUUUGACACAGGGAGCAUCGCUGCUGGUGGAUAGGUUGACUCUGGAGGAUGAGGGCUGGUUUGAGUGUCGCAUCCUUCUGCUGGACAGAACCACGGACGAGUUCAGGAAUGGCACAUGGAUUUUCCUAUCCAUUACAGCUCCUCCAGUGUUUAUAAAGACACCCCCUGCCUUUGUGGAGGUCUUGCUGGGGGAAUCCCUCACCCUCAGCUGCAGUGCUCAUGGAAACCCCAAACCUACUGUCAGCUGGAGAAAAGAUGACAAUGCAGUGGAGAAACAUGACAAGAUACAGGUACUGAAUGGAACCUUGUCUUUGUCCAAGGUUACCAGGGAGACAGCAGGAAUGUACAAGUGUCACGUGUCCAACUCUGAAGGAAACCUGACCCAUAUUACUCAGCUACAGGUCAAAGGUCCUCCAGUCAUCCUGAUUUCUCCCGAGGACACCACCAUGAACAUGUCCCAGGAUGCAAUUCUGCAGUGCCAGGCUGAUGCAUACCCAUCUAACCUCACAUACGAGUGGUGGAAAGGAGGACAGAACGUCUACCAUGUUGAAUCUUUAAAGUCUCGUGUGAAGAUUCUAGUGGAUGGGACUCUCCUCAUUCCUGGACUAAUUCCAGAAGACUCCGGGAACUACACCUGCAUACCCACCAAUGGGCUACUUUCUCCGCCUUCAGCUUCUGCCUACCUCAAAGUGAAACAUCCUGCACGAGUGGUGCGGAUGCCCAGGGAGACCUACCUCCCUGUUGGCAUGGGGGGAACAAUCAUUUGUCCAGUCCAAGCUGAGCCCCCCAUGCUGUAUGUCAACUGGACCAAAGAUGGGGACUCUCUGAACUUGGACCAGUAUCCAGGCUGGAUGGUUAAUUCGGAAGGCUCGGUAUUUAUAGCCACAGCCAAUGAUGAUGCAGUAGGCAUGUACACCUGUACAGCCUACAACAGCUAUGGGACUAUGGGCCAGUCAGAGCCCACCAAAGUUAUUCUAGAGGAUCCACCUUCAUUUCGCAUAUCCCCCAGGGCUGAGUACCUUCAAGAGGUUGGGAGAGAGCUGAUGAUACCCUGCCAAGCACAUGGAGACCCAUCUCCUAAUAUCACCUGGAGUAAGGUUGAUUCUGCCCCACGCUCUCCAUUCACUGUUUUGUCGAAUGGUUCCUUGGUCCUGCGUCCUCUCAGCAAAGACCACCAGGGGGCAUGGGAGUGUCAUGCCACCAACCGUGUAGCCACAGUUAGCACAGGCACCAUGAUCUUAGUCCUGGGCACAAGCCCCCAUGCUGUGACUGCAGUCUCUGUAGAUCCAGGGAUGAACCAUGCCAAUGUGUCCUGGGAGCCUGGCUUCGAUGGAGGAUAUACACAGAAGUUCACUGUCUGGGUGAAGCCCACUACCAGAGGAAAGCACGAGUGGGCGUCCCUGCCUGUGCCCACAUCUAAAUCCAGCCUCCUUGUUACAGGUCUGCAAGCUGCCACAAGUUACCAGCUCAGUGUUCUGCCCCAGAACAAGCUGGGAUCUGGUCCCUUCAGUGAGAUCGUCACCAUCAGGACAUUGGCAGCCCCCACAGAUCCUCCCACUGUAGUAACUACUUUAGCAGCAAUACCCCCUCCCACAUCGCUGUCAGUCAAUCGCACAGCAGUGGGAGUGCUGCUGCAGUGGUCCCCUCCCUCUGUUCAGUCUCCACCAAUCACAGCCUUCGUCCUCCAGGCAAGGCAGGAAAAGGGCGAGUGGGUUACACUCGAUGGAGCUGUUAACCUCAAUGUUACAGAAAUGAUUGUGCAGGGACUGAUAAAGGACACCAACUACGAAUUACGACUGCUGUCAUGCAGAGAAAAGAUGAUUAGUGACCCCAGUGAAUCAGUCAGUAUCUCCACUAAAGGUAUGGAGAUGUACCCAGCUCCACCCAGCUUGCUGGCAUUUGUUCCUGAGCCCCUGCUAGCUGGAGUGAUCGGGGGUGUGUGUUUCCUGUUUGUGGCUAUCAUCCUUUCUCUGGUGACAGCAUGUGUCAUGAGCCACAGGAGGGAGCGCCGCCGCAGAAAGAGACGAGAUGAUAUCCCUUCUGCCUUCCAGAAGAGCCCAUCUCCACAAGCUCGCUCGCCUGCUGACAGCCCCGACAGUAUGCUGAAGAUGAAACUGUGCCCUCCUCUUAACUUCUUCCCCAACUCCUCUUCCUCCAACGGUUCAGAUCGAUCCUCUUUUGACAAGGGCAGCCGCAGCGAGUACCAGGACCAGAAGAAGCAGCUCCUCUCCUCAUCCUCUCCACCCCCACGUUACACUCUUUUCGAAAGUCACCUCGGGGGCUCUCCAUCCCCAACAUCCGCCAUUGAGUCCAUAUCCAGAGGCCCUGAUGGCCGCUUCAUUGUCAAGCAGUACCCAGAAGGUUCUACACCAAUGCAUAUUAAAAAGCACCUUAAAAAGGAAUUCCCCCAGUCCCCUGGCAGAGGCAGUGGUGGAGGCAGCAACUGUGGCUCUUUCAGAGACUCCCCCAAACCCAGCUCAUAUAGCUCAGAGAAGGAUGUGAGACAAGAGCCACCUCCAGGACUGGCUGUGGACUCGGCAGAUUCCGAGAGACCUCCACAUUCCCCAGGCAGGGUAAAGGCGAUGGCCAGAAACUUUUCCCGCCAUGGCUGCUUUUACUCAGAUGAGGAGCAGGGCUGCUCAGAGGCUCUUCUGGAGAGGCCCAGCUUCUCCUCGGACUGUAGUGAAAACAGAGUUUGUGACUCACUGAAGAAAUAUCGCCUACCAAACAAUCGGGAGGACAUCUUUCCCAGCCUAACCAAGAGAGCUCGUGCUCUGGAGAGGGAGAGACUGCUGCACCAGGCCGGUUACCAACCCAUGGACAAAGACAGCCAGCUGACCGAACCCAGCACCAUGGUUUCUCAGUUGGGAAGUGAACAAGAGAGGGACAACCUCAGCAAGUGUCUGAGGCUAGUGAAGGAGCGAGAAGAGAUGGAGAGGGAACUGGAGAGCUAUACUAUCAGCCGCAGAGCACAGGAGCGUGAAAAGGAGCAGAGGCGUGCCAAAUCAGCUAGCCCUCUGAGAAGAUGGGCAGGGGCUGUGUCGGAGGACCCCAUUUGGAAACCUCAGGACAUCCAGCUCCGACAAAAAACUCAGAGACCUAGCAGCCUAGCCCAGCGGGUUUCAGACUAUCGGAGGGGUUGUUAUUUUGGCAAUACCAGCAGUCCCAUGGAGAAAAUACUCCCCUCCUCCUCCUCUUACAUUCAGUGGGACAUCAGCCCUGUGACCUCACCUACCAGCCAAGUUCCUUUGCAGAGCCUUUCAGAGGGAAACACACCUCGGCGAGGGCUAGUGGCUAUAGAGGACUCAGUAGCAGGAGACUUUUCACAUUCACCAGUCACACAGUACACUUCCCUUUCACUCCUCUCUCCCAGAAGGAACAGUCCCUCUCCCUGUGGGUCUGACCCAGUCGGGUCACGUGUAAGAUGUCCAAAGAGACCCACAGAGAGAGAGCAUGAGCUUUCCUGCUCAAAGGCAGAUGAAGGCUGGAAGCAAGACAGAAAGAUAGAGACACAAGCAGUUGUCUUUAGGUCCACAUGUCCUACUCCCUGUAGUUCUCAGCCAUCUGAGAUGGCAUUUGAAAGAGCACAGCACUCUACAGCAGAAAGAGAACAACAAGCACACUCUCAUUAUAAUUAUCCUAAACCCAUAGAGGAGACAAACCUUAAUCACAGAGGAAAGUUGAGCCACAGUCCCUCUGGUUGUUCCACCCUUCCUUAUGACUAUCAAAAAACAGGGGCCAAGGUAAAAUUGCGAGGGAAUGAGAGCAAAGCUGAAGAUGAGCUCAGCUCCUUAUCUCUACAGCCUGAGGAAGAGAAGGAGGGUGUCCGGGCACGCUCCCGCAAGAGUGACAAAUGUGUCUUCAGUGAUAGCCCCAGCCGCAUUUCUCCUCUGACUCUUGAUAAUGAGGGUGAAAGUGAUCAGUCAAAUUUUUCUAUUGCCAGAAUGUCAGAAUCAUUGAAAGCGAAGAUUGUGCCCCAACCUGCCAGGGUAUCUCCUCUGCAAACCAGCACUAUCUUGGAGUACUUAAGCUUGCCAGGCUUUAUUGAAAUGAGUGUAGAUGAGCCUAUUGAGGAGAGUCAACCGGCAGAAUCUACCUGGCCCAGCACACGGCCAGAAAAUGGGACACUGUUAAGAGGUGAGCCUGACGUGGUCCCUAAGAACUGGGAAAGUCAUGAUCAAGACCACUCAGAGAUUAAAAAUGGUCAUCAAAAUGAAGUUUUGGUGGACCUCAAAACCUCAAUCAUUCCUAAACCAGAAAAUGUACAUAAUUCUAAACCAUGUCCAGAGUUGGCAUACAGUGAUGCAAGUAUUAAAUCAGAGUCCUCAGAGACAAAUAGUAGAGCACCACAAGUUGUAUCUAAUGAAAGGUGUUCUCAGCCAUUACUGUCUCAAAAAAGAGCAAGUUCUGAUAAACAGCAGUCCACCCACAUAAACCCAGCACAGACCCUAGUGAGUACUGCUAAAAGUAUGGCAACAGUAGUGUCUGAUAGUGUCAAUGAAGGUGAAAGAACAGCAGAAUUGUUACCAGAACAACCUAAAAGGUUUUGCGUUCAGGUUAACAGGACUAAUAAAAUAACCUCACGGAUAUCUCAAGCUCCCAUGCCUUUUAUGAAGAAGUCAAUGAGCAUUGGUCCAUGUAGAACCCUCUCAGGCAUGGGGCAGCCUCGGCCCUUCCUUAAGAAAUCCAUUAGUUUAGGAUCUCAGAGGUGGGAGCAUUAUGAAAGCCCCCGGACUUAUGUCUCUGAGACCUGUUAUAGAGAUGAGCUCCCUCGUCCAGAUGUAAGGGUGAAGUCCUACAGUUUGGGUCGCAUGCCUGCAAAUUUGUACUCUAGACCUGGUCCCUCAUGGCAAGGAGCAGUGCCCUUUCAACCCCUCAGCAGCCAUAGUCUGGAAAGACCUCGUUACAGUGACCGACCAUACAUAACUCCCUCUUACCUUUCCCAUACCCAUGGCCCCCCAGUCCUAGAUCCCUCAAAACUUGCAGAACCUCACAGACAUGAGUCAGAUCCACGUAGACAGGCCACAGUCUUUCCAGAUUCCUCCAGAUGUCCAUUGUCAUAUCGAGAGACCCUAAGGUCAAUCCAGCACAAGUAUGUGCCCCAGGAUUUCCCCCGACCCUUUGGCCUGCCCAGACCUGUGGCAAGAGGGGACUAUAUUCGUCCUAUGGAUUCUAGAAGGGGUAUUCAGAAGCCAUUCUUGCCUAGGGGUUAUAGCUGGCCCUCGCCAUAUCAAGCAGCCUUUCCUCCAUGGGAUCAUGAGGUUCAAAUGGAGCUAUAUGUAGGGGUGGGCAUGGGAAAGGGCAGCACAAAUGUAGAGGGCCGGGAUAGUAGAGCAGAGGGUGGCCGCGCCAGUUACGCCAGCCAGAGCAGUGGCAGGGGAAGUGUGGGGCCAUAUGGGCACGGGCACUUCCGCCAGUCUGUCUCUAUCACUCCCACCUUACUGAGCUCUCCAGAGACUACCGAGGAGAGUGAGAGGCGCAAGGCAGAAUCGGACCUGCGAGAACAGAGGUCAAAAAGAAGGAAUACAUCAGUAGAUGAGAGUUAUGAGUGGGAUGCUACUGAGUGCACAGUGGGUCUUGACCUCCUGGAGGCCAUGAAGAUGGAGCAUGCGGGCUUGGGGAGAGGCAGGGAGCUUAGGCAAGAUCGGCCCUGCUCCACCACUGGCCUCCAGGACCUGCAGGAGAAAGGCCCAUACUCCUCUAUCAACCUUCCCCUAAACUCCCAUCCUCCUCCACGGCAGUAUGGUCGCUCACUCAGUGAGGCACGCUUCAAUGCUCUGAGGCAGGAGUUCCACGCGUACCGCAGAGCCCAGGAAUCCUCUUCCCGAGACCCCCGCCUUACUCCUGACCCUGACUCUGAUUCAGGCUCUGCCCUGCUCUGAGAGCCCUGCUUGGAACCUCCAAAGGAAGGAGACAAAUAGGUACAAUACUGUCUUGACUGGGAAUACCAAUACUCAAAACCUUGAUACCUUGGCAUAUGUUCAUCUAACGCUUGGAUCUUAAAAAAGGAACUUUUUGAUGAACAAUGCUAAAAUGCAUUGAAAUUUCUUUCAUUGAAUCUUUCAAAUAAUGUUGAUAGUGGGAAAGAAAAAGAUAUCGUAUUAGCUCAUGAGCUCAGGUGCAUUAUCCUUUUUGUAAAAACAGGAAAUGCUGAAUAUCCAGAAAAUUUGUAAUACCACAGUCUAGAAUGCACUGCUACUGGAUACAGUAAAUGCUGUUUCAUAGCAGUUAACCAAAAACAUUCAAAUAAUGUAUUGGUGCACAUCUCUUUUUUUUCCACUGUGAGGCUCAUUGAAGAGCCUUGAAGAACAACUUGUUAGCUAGGAGGUAUUUGUCACUACUACUAUGUUGCCUAUACCAAAACACCACAGAAACCACAGUAGCUGUACAACAUGAAAGUGUGCUUGGACAAUCAAGUUUUAUGGCCUAAAACAAGAAAUCAGUCUUAACUGCCUCCGAUGUCCUGGUACAUAUGAAGAAUGAGAGUCUUCAAUAUUGGUUAAUUCACUGUCAUUUGUACAAGGUAAGCUUUAAAAUGGUUUAAAACGAAUAUCUCAAAGCUGUUCAUUUAUUUUACGUAAACUGUUUCAAUGUCUGUGUCUUCGUCUGAUCUAAGUGUCUCAUAGGCCUUUGCAGAUGAAAAAAUGUUAAAAGAAUGAGAUGGGUUGAAAAAAAAUACUCCAUGUUUUUAGCAGUUAUUGUGCAGUAACAGUACCUUCAUUAACACUACAUAAAAUCUUCCAUUACUUGAGGAGAACUGCUUGGAACAAACAGAAUAAGCUAUUAAGGCAUAUUGCCAAAUGAAAUAUGUUGAAAUUACUAUUUCUAUGAGAAGAGACUAUCAAAAUAUGUACAAUGAUGCUUUUCUCUGAUGAUGACACACUUGGGGGAUUCAGACAGGAAUUAUUGAAAAAUCUUGGAUAGCAAGACUUUUUGGAAGACUCAUUUAUUUAAACAGAGCUAAAAAUCUACUUGACCCACUCUGUCAUUCAGGGAAGGGACAUUUCUGUAACUGCUUGCUAAGGUGAGAACAAGUUUCUGUAAACAUAUGGAGCUUUAAAGCCCCAAUCAAGAUAAGUCCAUUUCUUCCACUGAAAGCUUUGACACACACAAGCAUUCCAAAGUUUGGAAUCACUGUUCAAAAGUUUUCAAUAAUGUGGGACCGAUUUUGUUGCAGAUACACACAUACAAAUAUUCUAAAAUGAUGAUAAUAUUUUACAGGUUUCAAACAAGUUGCAGGAAGUAGUUUUAGCAUUUAUUAUUUUUUACAAUGUUCCCAAAAUUAAUUCUAUAUUUCAGUCUACACUAUACAAGUUAUUGUUGAAUAACACUUAUUAAUAUGGCAAGAAAUUCUACAUUUUGAACAGUUGUGUAUUUGAAACAGAAAGCAUUGCAAACAUAUUGCACAUUUUGGUGGGUGUGGCCUUCUUGUGUUGUUUUUAAUAAAGCACUGUUGAUUCAGUUACAUUGAUACCCAAAUGGAUCUUUCACAAAGGAAUUUUUAAAACGUUUAGUUGCAUUUUGCAACUUCAUUGUUGUCCACAUAUUUAACUGUUAAAAGAAGGUAGUUAUUUUCAUGUCAUUCAUGUACUUCAUGUAUGCAUGUGUAUAAGGUGCAGCAUCAGUUGUCAUGAAACUGGCAGUAGCAGGAUACAGUGUCCCCUUCAACUUAAUUCCCACUGUUGUUUCAAUAAAGGUUCAAAUUUAGAGUCAUAGAGAAAAUAUAUACCUUGUCGUUACUUCAAAAACUUGUUCAGUGCCUGAUAUGAGUUUGUAAGCAACUUAUCGUCUGUACACUUUAACUAAGAAUUCAGUUGGCUUUGACAAAUAUUUAUUUCAGGAGAACAGAGACUAUAUGAUUACACCACCACAUGCAAAUCUCCAUGUUAAUGUGAACAGUAAAUUGUGAACAGUCUUCAUAUUGCUGGUGAUAGAUGUUGUUGCUUACUGUCAGUCUGUUCUAAGUGUUUUGUAUAAACAGUAUUUUGUCAAUUCAUUUUCUUUUUAAGUUGUUUUUCCAGACCUUUUUUAAAUUUUUUUUGUUCAUUUUAGACUGGUAAGAAUGAAAUCUAUCAUAUAUUUAAAAUAAUGUAAAUUUUGUAAAGCAAAGAUUGAAAUUUUUCAGAGAUAAUUUUCACGUUUUGUACAAAUUGGUCAAAAAUAUGCUGGUUUUAUAUCUGUUCUUAUAUUUCAUUUUUAUCAAUGUUGUCACUGUUAUUUUUAUAUGUUUUUAUUAAAUAAAUUGACUUUAUUUACUGAA